AUGCAGGCCCAUAAGCCCGCCCCAAACCACGUUAUCUUCAAAAAGAUCUCCCGUGACAAAUCGGUCACCAUCUACCUGGGGAAGAGAGACUACAUAGACCACGUUGAACGAGUCGAGCCUGUGGACGGCGUCGUACUGGUGGAUCCUGAGCUCGUGAAGGGCAAGAGAGUGUACGUGUCUCUGACGUGUGCCUUCCGCUACGGCCAGGAAGACAUCGACGUGAUCGGCCUGAGCUUCCGCAGGGACCUCUACUUCUCCCAGGUCCAGGUGUUCCCUCCCGUGGGGGCCUCAGGCGCCACCACGAAGCUGCAGGAGAGCCUGAUUAAGAAGCUGGGGGCCAACACCUACCCCUUCCUGCUCACGUUUCCUGACUACUUGCCCUGUUCAGUGAUGCUGCAGCCAGCUCCGCAAGAUGUGGGCAAGAGCUGUGGGGUCGACUUCGAGAUCAAAGCAUUCGCCACACACAGCACGGAUAUGGAAGAGGACAAAAUUCCCAAGAAGAGCUCCGUGCGUUUGCUGAUCCGGAAGGUACAGCACGCGCCGCGCGAGAUGGGUCCCCAGCCCCGAGCCGAGGCCUCCUGGCAGUUCUUCAUGUCGGACAAGCCCCUGCGCCUCGCCGUCUCGCUCAGCAAAGAGAUCUAUUACCACGGGGAGCCCAUUCCUGUGACCGUGACCGUGACCAACAGCACAGAGAAGACAGUGAAGAAGAUUAAAGUGCUAGUGGAACAAGUGGCCAACGUGGUUCUCUACUCGAGUGAUUAUUACAUCAAGCCGGUGGCUGCGGAGGAAACACAGGAAAAAGUGCCACCAAACAGCUCACUGACCAAGACGCUGACGCUGGUGCCCUUGCUGGCCAACAACCGCGAGAGAAGGGGCAUCGCCCUGGACGGGAAGAUCAAGCAUGAGGACACGAACCUGGCCUCCAGCACCAUCGUAAAGGAGGGAAUAGACAAGACCGUCAUGGGGAUCCUGGUAUCUUACCAGAUCAAGGUGAAGCUCACAGUGUCAGGCCUUCUGGGGGAGCUCACCUCCAGUGAAGUGGCCACCGAGGUGCCGUUCCGCCUCAUGCACCCUCAGCCAGAGGACCCAGAUACCGCCAUGGAAAGUUUUCAGGAUGAAAAUUUUGUUUUUGAGGAGUUUGCUCGCCAAAAUCUGAAAGAUGCAGGAGAAUAUAAGGAAGAGAAGACAGAGCAGGAGGCGGCUAUGGAUGAGUGAAGAGGCCGGCUCAGGAUGCGGGAUGCGGGGCAUUAGCCACGUGGUAGCAGGGCUAGCCCUUUAGUGAUGCUGAAUUACAAAGUGUGGGUCUUUUUCACAGAAAUAAAGUUUGU